GUCUGGGCUCUCUGGAGGACACGGUGGAGCUGAAAGUGGAUGAUAAAAUCCACCAUCCCCUUGUAGGACUACUGCGUUUGUCCCUCUCCGCUCGCCGUACUUUCACAUGACUUCCCCUGCGUGUGACUGAGCCGCAUUCCUGCAGGGUCGAUCAUGAAGUCGGGCUGUCCGUGCGUCUGUCUGCCCCCCCUCCCGGGGGCCGCCGGGUCUCCCCAGUAGCGCUUCCAAGCGGGGGGAACUUUACCAGAGUCCGGGUCAGCCUGCCCUACUUUCCUCCGCCUGCGCCUGCAGGAGUGACUGAUGGCUGAACCCAAGCCUGCAGACUCCGCAAGGUGUAAUUAUUUCUUCCUCUAUGAUGGAUCCAAGGUCAGAGGAGAGGGCGAUCCUACGAGAGAGGGAAUCUGCUACUUCUACCCUGAGGAGACCCCUUUAGAUGAGCAGGAGCUGCUGUGCGGGCAGCUGGCUGGCGUGGGCCGCUGCGUGUCCGAGCUUUCAUCCUCGUCCGUGCGCACGAUCAGGCUGCAUCGCAGUAACUUUGCCAUCCGCAUGAAGGGCGACUUCUUCUGGGCUCUGGGCUGCUCUGUGGAAGUUCCCACCGUCAGCGUCUGCGAGCUUCUGGAUCGGCUCAUAAACCUCUUCUGCUUCUACAACGGCUCUGUUCGCCAGAGCUACCAGUCUCACAGGCGGGAAGCUCUGGCCGCUCAGUGGGCGCGGUAUCUCUCGCAGCUGCAGUCUGGACCGUCACAGUUCUACUACAUUUUCAGCUGUUUGAAGACCCUUGACCCCACCAACGUGGACCCGCUGCUGCUCCUCAAAGCCGCUCUCAUCCUGCAGGCGUGCCAGCGUUGCCCUCUAGUGUUGGCCGGCUGCAUUCUCUUCAGAGGAAGAGUUGUCAGUACGCAGAUGCCUCCCGAGCUCACGAUGAAGGUCAUGGUCCACGAGACUGAAACGUACACCAAGGCCCAGAGGUCUGGUGGACCGAACAGAUCCAGCUCGUUUGGCAGCAACGUCAGCUCCACGGCCGUGUUCCUGACCACGUCUGAGCUCCAGUACCUGCAGUCUCCGCCCGUCGACAAGGACUACAGCUCUCACUCCACUCCCAACAAAGACGCUCCCCCGAAGAGAACCCGCCUUUCCAGAACGUUAUCAGACACGCCCUCCAUGGAGUCGGAGCCAGCUCUUCCCAGCUCCCCCCGGGCCGCCCACACGUCGCUCCACAGCCCUUGUUUUGCAGCUUCUUCAGAUAACUCCGUGUUCAGCCCAGCUCCGUCUCAGAGCGCCGCCGUCUCUCCGUCCCCCGUCUCAGCACCGUGGUCGCCGAGACCUUCGCUCUCCAGUCGGAGGAACUCUCAGGAAACUGAGGAGGAUGCUCCGGAAGAGUCCUACUAUCACAGCUUUCACAGCAACGGAGAUGGAGACGGCUCGGGGUUUGGAGAAAAGGCCUUUCUAAACGGAGGUGGUGGAGGGGACGGAGACGCGGCCGGCGGGACGGCGUUUGACUUCAGAGGGGCUCACUCUGGGGACGAGCAGACACACGGCGAUAAGAUGCUGGUGGGAGAUAGCGGAGUCUGCUGCGGGAGCACCAAAGGCCCAGCGGCGGAGCUGCGGCACCCUCCUCCCGUGUCCUGUGUGUUUGACAGCUUGGACGGUCCGCUGGUCCCCAUGACGCUCUACAUCCACCGGGUCAACGGCUUGGUGCUGGCGCUUCUGGUGGAGCCGCAUUUCAUGAGCGACACCGCUUCUGUGGAGGAAGUGUAUCACUGCAGCCUGGCUUCCCUCAACGGACUUGAGGCCCAUCUCCGGGCCAUCGCUCCAGGGGGCCCAGGGGCUCCGGGGCCCUACAUAUUUGCCCAUUUUGACUGCAUUCAGAGCACCCUAACAACCAACAUGUCUGGCCGACCAGGGGGAGCCCCGGAGCAUCCUUUUGUCAGGGCCACAUCACUUCUCCACUCGCAUUUCUGUAACACUGAGACUCUGCAGGAGGCUAUUAUCAGGAGCGCCGGCGCUGCAGUGUACGGAAACCGCAGUUUAGUGCAGGAGACGUACUUCCAGCACCAGGGGGGGUCCCUGAGGAACUCCGGCAUCCCCAACCACCAGGACAGCGCCUUCUCGCUGCCCAGCAAAGCCCGACACAGACUGUUGAAACACGGGGUUAACCUGCUCUGACCGACUCCUGCCAUCGGUGCUCGGGAGGGGUCCGUGUACUUCACGGCCAUCCGUUUUUUGUUUUGAAAUUACAAAAUAAAAAUAGAGAAAUAAUACAAAAUAAUCCGUUUCCCGUUUUUUGUUUUGAUAAUAAAAAACGGAAAACGGAUCCAUUAUCCGAUUUCAUUGAUGUGUUUGAAAAUCUAAUAAAUGAAGAAAGUUGUUUCUGGUUCUUUUGUUGAUCAGAUUGAAAAUUAAAAGCUUUAGAUUUUUUUUAAUGUUGAAACAGAAAAUAAAUCAAAUAUGCAUCUGAGGGCAGAGUGGGCAAAAUGUUGAGAAGAGUUCAUCAAUCCUACCACACUGAAAGACAGCAGGAUAACGGAUAAUGGAUAACGAUCCGUUUUCGUUUUUUUAUUAUCAAAACAAAAAAAACGGGAAACAGAUUAUUCUGUAUUAUUUCUCUAUUUUUAUUUUGUCAUUUCAAAACAAAAAACGGAUGGCCGCGAAGUACACGGACCAGGAGGAGCCAUGUUUGAAGAAGAGGCCUGUAAGUAACCAUGGAAACAAACUCCAACACAGGUCGUGGACAAAAUGCUUUGAUUUGAGUGAAAGAUUCCUCCUUUUUUGUGCCUUUCCCCCCACGAUAGAUUAUAUGAAACAUAUUGUGCUAUAAAACCUUUAUUUCACUUAUUUACAUUCUAAAACUUUGAAUUAAUAAUUUAUAUAAUUAUACAUUUCUAAUGGUUGAGUAGCUUAAACAUUAAAGAUGUUUACAUUUGAUGAGAUUAAGUCAGUUUCAUUUAUUGACUGUAACUUCUGUACAGAGCUGUCACUGUUACCUGAAACUUAUGCUGCACACUUUCUGCAUUUUCCUCACAAAUGUCAUGUUUUUUUUUCCAGUGUGGCAAUUUCAGCAGAAAGAAUAUUAAACAUUUGGACCAAAUGUACAGAAUUAAGUUGUUUUUUCUCUCCCUGCUACUGUAUUUGUCUGAAAAGUUGAAGUCAGUGUUCAUAAAAUUAAAACUAUCCGUC